UAGAAGUAAAUUCGCACUCACCAAUUGAGAAUGUUAGAGUUGAAAUUGAAAAAAGUGAAGGCAUUCCUCCAAAUUCACAACGACUGAUAUUUGGCAAACAACAGCUUGAAGAUGGACGAACACUGUCUGAUUAUAACAUAAAAGAAGCAUCAACUCUACAUUUAGUUGUUGGAUUAUGUGGCGGCGGUUCAAUGGCACUAUAUGUCAAAACGAUCAGCGGACGAAAAUUUGCAGUCUGUUGUGGCUCGCCUGUUUCAAUUGACAAAAUCAAAGCAGAAAUACAAAAGAUAGAAGGAAUUCCAACAGAGGAUCAACGUGUAUUAUUGGGCAACACUGAACUAAAUAAUGACUGUAUUAUAAGCAAUGAUCAAAUUAAAAAUGGAAUUACGCUAAACUUAUCCGUUAAAUCCAACAUGGAAGUAGUUAUACAAACAAUAUCUGGUGAAAAAAUUCCGUUUGAAAUGAAAUCAUCGUAUACAGUUAAAACUCUUCAAAAGAGAAUAUUUAAUGAAACACAAAUAAAACCAGAAACACAACAUCUUCUCUGUGAUAAUGGCAAAGUAAUUGAUAAUGAUCAACAACGGUUGUCAGAUUUUAACGUAUAUAAUGGAACAAUAAUAUUUCUUCAUCGUCGAAUACAACUUGAAUUAGAAAUACCAACAUUAUCUAGCGAAAAAUUACAAAUGUAUAGCGUAACUUCAUCUUCUCUUAAUGAUAUUAAGAAUCGUCAAUUUCGAGUAAUACUAGCUACAGACAAAACAAUUGAAAUUAAUAAUAUAACAGAAGGAAUUGAUCGAAAAUGUCAAACGAUAAUGAAAGAUGAUAAAACACUCGAAAAUGACCUGGAUUAUAUCGGUGAACAUCUUCAAAAUUGGGAUGGUCCAUUGAAAGUCAAAAUCAGUCUGAAUGGGCCGCUGGCUGUGGAUUUAAAUGCACUUGCUCCAGAAUUUAAUUUUGAUUUUAGUCGCAUAAAUGAUAAGGGCAAAACAUUUGUACGUGGUGGUAAACCUUACGAACGUCCCUGUGGUUCACAACGAAUUGCACUGAAUGUAACUGGAAAAUUUGAGAAAUAUGAUGAUGGAUGGUUAG